AUGCCGAAGCAAAAAUCUGGGAUAAAAAAUGAAUCGUUUGAGAUGGAAGAGAUGGAAAGUAUAUCAAAUCCACAUUUGAGGGGCAGUUCUAGGAAGAACACAGGGGAAAAAUCUAACAAGAAGUUGCCUAGCAGUCCAACAUUUGAUGAAAGAAAUUCUAAAAUUAAUGAAACUGUUGCUAGAAAAGAUUGCAUCCUUGAACUUAUUAUUCACAGGACUGAUAGACUGAAAGUCACGCCUUCUGCGUGCUCCCUAUUCGUUCGAAUUCAUAUUAUGGAUACAAAAACAGAAGACUACAUAAAAUAUGAAGAAAAAAUUUCCGAGUUUAUGGGAGAACAUUCUUCCCACAUACUGCCCGUUAACUCAAGGAUAGUUAGCACAAAAUAUCAGGAUUUACUAAUGCCUGUUUGGGAUGAAAUUAUCAUUGUCAACGAGAAUUUCCAAACUUUUGCAAACAACAAAAAUGUUAUUUUGUUUUUUGAGAUUCUUGAUUCAUCUGAAAAUAGGUUCGGGAGAAGUGACCAUGAUAACGCCAAAACACCUGGUGGGAAAAAUAUUGGCUCUUUAAUGGUUGCGUGGGCCUUCCUUUUACUAACAAACUCUUGUGGUCAAUUAAAUACCGGUGCAAAAAAGCAGCGGUUACAGCUUUAUGAGCCUAUAAUGAAAACAUCUACUCAUCCUCUAGAAAAAUCAGCGAACUUACCGAUUGGAAAAAUCCCGACUUUAAGUACUUUACAAAAACAUCAGCUGCUAAAAAAUACAAGCUCCAAUUUAUCAGAACACAAUGCGGUUGAAUCAGGAUAUUAUUUAUUAUCAUGUUGGAAGUCUGGUAGCCGAUUUAGAAUACCUUAUCCUUCAUCACUUUAUGUGACAGUUAAAGAAACUAUUAGAAGCAAAUUUACCGAAAACUACUCAAGUGACAAAAGGUCAGAAAUCUUUGUACAGCCAAAUAUAAGUACAAUUGAUUCAAACCAAUCUAAUGCUUCACUAGAGAAUGAUAGGAACACUUUGAGUCCUAUCAAUGAAAAUGAACUAAAUGAACUACAGAAAUCUUGGACUAGAAAAUCGAAUCAGCCAUGUCGUAUUCCAAACUUACUUGUUGGCUAUGGAAUAACAGCACAUAUAACAACAAAUAAUCAUUUUGAUUUUUCAAUGGAUAUGGAAACAAAUAAAAGUUUUAAUAUGUCAACGAAAUCUUCCGGUGCUCAGUGUUUAGCAUUUUCACCAGAUGGUAAAUGGUUAGCGGUUGGAGUCAUAAGAAAUGUACUAUUGAAUAAUACUAUUGGGAACUCUACAAACAAUAAAUCAAAUAAAAUAGACUGUUCUGUUUUAAUUUAUCGGUUCCCCUUUGACAGUAAACGUAGCCAGCCAAAUUUAGAGUUAGCUGGACAUUCGGAUAUCAUCUAUUCUAUAGACUGGGCUAAAACUCCUUUGGUCCGAAGCUAUAGCAACAAAUCAACACAAAAGUCUUCUAGUAAAGGUGUUUAUGACACAAAAUUAUUUUGGAUUCUAGCAUCCGGUUCAGCUGAUGGCACUGUUAGAGUAUGGAGAUUACAUUUUAAUCAAAUACAUAAGAAUUUUACCAACGAUGAUAAUUUCCUCUCGGAUACCGAUAUUAAUGUAUCUGCUCGCAUUGGUACAUCAAAAUCCCCAGUUCAGGUUGGUCAAAUUGUUAACGGAUCAUCUCACAAGAAAGGUGUUUUAUGUAACGUACUUGGUCAUCCGAACUUUGUAUAUAGCGUGGCAUUUAAACCAAUAUCCAAAGAAUUAGAUCUAAAUGAUUCGCAAGUUCUUCAAACUUUGGCUAAUCGAGACCAUCUACUUGCGACAGCAUGUUAUGAUGGUAUUACUCGCUUAUGGAGUAUUAAACACAAUGAGGCGCAGCUGCUACAAGAAUUGAAUGGUGUACAUCAGUCGCAUAUAAAUAGUUUAACAUUUAAUACAAAUGGAUCACGCAUAUACUCUGGUGAUGCGUUAGGUCUGAUUGUCGUUUGGAAAGAAGCAAAUAAUCCACAACAAAGACAAGUUAAAUCUCAUUCCAAAUGGAUGCUUGAAAAGAAAAUCGAAGUUCGAGAAUUAGAAAUGUGCAUCAUCAAUCAUUUAGAAUUUCAUCCUACACUCAAUCUUUUACUGGUACAUACAAGGGAUAAUUGUCCAAAAAUGCUUGAUUUAAGAUCAGAUUUCAUCACAACACGAUUUCAUGGAGCAUUGAAUAAUACUGAAUUAUUACGUAGCUGUAUUUCACCAUGUGGUUCAUUCUUAUUUUCUGGUUCCGAGGAUCAAAAUGUUUAUGUUUGGAAUGUCAAUACAGGUGAUCAAGUAGCAUGUUAUCAGAAUCUAAUGUUGCCGGGAUCUGUCACUUCAAUAAGCUAUCAUCCUAUCGAUAAUGUGAUUGCUUUCGCCGCUAUUGGACCAGACUCACCAGUUGCUGUGUACGCUUACAGUAUAAAAGCUAAUCCAUUGACAACAUUAUAUCAAAAGUCCAAUGAAAAACAUCUGCCAUUAUGCGAAGAGGAAAUGAACUACGUUGAAAGACCACCGGAUAUUCUAUCAUCUCAUGUCAAAUUUAAACAACGUGAUGCUGAACUAGUUCUACUUGCUAUGUCCAAACUGGAAAAUAUUAUGAAUAUUUCUAAACCUUUACCAAGAUAUCAUCAAAACGAUUUACAUGAAUUAGAAUGGAGACCAACAUUUACUGUAAUUGAUGAGGUUUCUGAUAUACAAAGCACAGUAGAUAAAUUGGAUUCAGUAAAGAAUAACACUUUCAAAACACAAGCAUCUGAAAGGAGUACAACUAUCUUCACAGCUCUAUAUGAUUAUCAAGCUCAGAGAUCUGAUGAAUUGAAUUUUAAAUGUGGUGAUAGGAUGAAAAUAUUAUACAAAGAUACGCCUAAAUGGUGGAUGGCAAGACUGAUUACUACUGGUCAAGAAGGAUUUGUACCAGCUAAUUAUAUUUCAGAUGUACAUGGUGAAAAUAAUGACAAUAGUCAACAAUUAGCUGCAACAAACAAGUUCAAUUCAUCAAAUUUAACUGAAAUAAAUUUAUCGAAAGAGCGAAUUCUAAAUAAAGCAAACAAUCAAUCUGGUCGAUCAGUGAACAAUAAUAAUAAUCUACGCUUAUGGGAUUCCAGUUUGAUAGAAGACAAUAUCAGUGAUUUAAGAAAUUCACAAAAUUACCAAUCUAAUUAUAUUGAUCUGUCGAAUAUAGACAUGAAGCCUGGUGUACCGAAUUCCGGUCAAAUGAAAAAACGUAAGAGUUCUGCAAGACCUCUACCGACAUUGAAUUAA